AUGUCAGAGACAGCACGAACGGCUGCAGAGCCGUCAGCAACAGACACCACUCUGCCCAAGGAAACGGAACCGUGGCCAAACCAUCACUCCCCAGUUGCUUCAAUGUCGACGUCUUCUAUCUCCACGCAGAAUGUCCCACCUCACUCAAAUCCUCCCGUCCACUCCUCGAUACCUUUUUCGCCAUCACGAAUACCACAACUGCCGGUGCAGCCGCAGCAGCCGCAGUCACUGCAACAACCUGUGCAACAGCAACCCCUACCGCAACUUACAGAUCCCGUCCAACAGCUUCAGCUUUAUCAGCCUCCAUCUGCGGGCUCGCAGAUGGCGAUGAACCAACCCCAGAUGAACCUCCCUUCAAUUCAAUCAAUAGAACCCCAAGCCCAAACCCACCAGAUGCCGCAGGCGCAGCCAUCCAUUAUCUCCCCUUCAACCAAUACAUCGAUGAACAUGCCUCCGCCAAAUAUCCCCCAAUACUAUACUAUGGCUGGAACUAUGUCCAGCCCUGACACGUUUCCGAUCGUGGGUGAGACGAACCGUGGGCUCUCUAGUGAACGGCACAAAAAGGAAGUCAAGCGACGGACAAAAACUGGUUGCCUCACCUGCAGAAAGCGCAGAAUAAAGUGUGAUGAGAGGCAUCCUGUCUGCAGGAACUGUGAAAAAAGCAAACGUGAUUGCCUUGGGUACGACCCGGUAUUCAGACCGCAACCAGGUCCCUCAAUCCUACAACCUGCGCCAUCUCAACCGUCGUUACUAGUGUCGCCUCAAAGCAACCCCGCAUAUAUCAGUGCCCAAGUUCAGUCCUUUGCGCAACCGCCUUUGCCCACGACAAACUCAUCAUCGUCUCCUUCAGUUAGUCAGUUUGAAUACGGAGGCGCAAUUGAUCCAGCGUUGGAAGGAGUCGCAUCCCCAAGCACAGCUGUGCAAAACACAAGCGAAGGAGGACAAACUUCAGAUUCCGUCAUGUUUGGGCUCGAGGACGUACAAUUAAAACCUGUGAGGGUUAUAGACCUUCUGUCCGUUCGUGGACAUGUAUCUCCUCCACCAGAAAUUAAAACCAUCCCCGCAUCUCGAAUCGAAGAGAUCAAACUCGUAUACCUCUCAUACGCUAUGGCGAUCGACAAGUUCCUCGAAUGUACGUGGUUUGAAUCAAGAGGAAUGGCGCAUCUUUUAGCAAACACCCGCCUCCUAUCAUACUACUCCGCCCUCCUCGAUGGUUUCAAUGACCGCAAUAUCCACGACCCCGCUGUGCUGGCUCGUGUCGAGAGCCUCGAGGCUUCCGUCAUCUGGGAAACAUUAACAUUAACACGCGUCGCUCGCGCAAAAGAACCUAACACCAACGGCUCGGGCUCCAGUUCCCAAACACCCACCUCCACCGAUGUCGAGCUCCUCUACGCUGUGAAAAGGCUAGCCGUCUUCGAAGCCCUUAUAACCGGUGCUUACCUGGAUACCAACCCAGUUAGUCUGGACAGUUACCCGGAAUCUGACCCAGCACACAGACUCCCCGGCAUCGGCAACCAGAUCAAAGCCCGGGAGGUUGAUUUCUGGGAAUCCGUCGGUCGCUAUCUCACAAUCUCACAGGAUGACAUCAACUCCCGGAAACGAAAGGAGGCAGCCUUGACAUCCUGUCGUGGGCUGUUGGAUACCUUUGAGAACCGCGACGUAAUCUACUCCAUCGCCGUUGUGCGGCAUAUUGCCAAGUUUCAACCGCGCAAGGUGAAGCAGACAAUUGCCAGCACGGAUGAGAAGGAUGCUGCGGCGAAGUUGUACGUUGCUGUUAGGUUCUUGGAGGAUGAGAGUCAUGGCAAGGGGACUAAUCAGGUUAUUAAGCGAUUGUGUGGGAUGGUUGUUAAGUAUUGGGAGGAUCAGUAG